AUGUGCUAUAUACCCUGCCAUCUCCAGGAGCCCCAAGAGUCCCAGUGCAUCGACAUCGACGACGAAGAGGUGGACAGACCUGCCCUUCCUGAUGCCGCAGAGUCUCUAGGCCCUGAUGUCUUCGAGAUAGGUGAUGAUGAGGAUGAUAGCCAAGGCGUUUUGCCCCCGAAUGACAACCAUGAGAAACCUUCCUUGAAGAACAACCUUCAUGAAGCAACCCUGCGACCUGAUAACCAUGAAGUGGUUGAGGACAUGUGGUUGGUAUACCGUGCAGCUCUAGAUGCAUGCAUGGAAGCCGGAUUCUCACAGGAUCAAUCCAUGCACGCCUUGAAAGACACUGACGGUGAUUUGAAUCAGGCCCUGACAAAGUUGUAUGAUACCCAGUUCAAGGCUGAGGAAAAAUACCGUGAAGACUUGAUUCGGCAGGCUUUGGACAUAGAGAUGGCCUCUUGCUCGGACAGCCAGGUUGACUUUAGCCAGUGGGCAACAGAAGAACUCAAGGCCAUGAUUGAUGAGGCCGCUUCCAGGCCAACAAUUGACUCGAUGCAGACUGUUCCAAUGGAAAUUGGUUUGGAUGACCCUCCCAGCCAAGCUCAUCCCCAGGGUGGGUUUGUUCUUGAUGAGGACUUCUUGGCUGACGUUGCAGUUUCCCCCGGCGCCUUAGGUGCUGAGACCGUUAGCUUAGGUGAUUCCCGACCUGAGGAGCCUCCUUCUGAUGGACAGGAUCAAGGUCAUGACGAAGCUUGUGAGACAGUGGCUGACAGUGUGAGUGUGGGUUCCCCAUCGCUUUGUUCCUCCCCAGAGCCGUGCAACAAAGACCCGCCCUUGCAUGAAGAUGACACAAAGACACCAGAGCAAGAAUCUACUCAGGAGACCAACAAUUUCUCAACCAUUUGUGUCCGUGGCAAGACCAAGCCUGGAACUGCAGGGCAGCUUCUGCAGGCAAAGGCCAAGGUGAAAGCUGCGGUGGCGAAGCCUGGUGAAAUUUACCCUGAUCUUCCACCAUUUCUCGAUGAGAUGAAUGGCGAGCUUGCGGAGAUUGAACCGCCUGUUUGUGCUGAGCAGGGCCAGCAGCGGGGGAGGAAACCCAAGAAGUCAAGCAAGAAGUCAAAGAAGGGUGCCAGAAAGGGGAAGGGAAAACCCAAAAGGGGAACCAAGGACAAUAAAAAGGCACGUACCAAGGGAACUGGUAAGAAACUCCAGAAAAUUGCCAAGGCAGCCAAGAAAGCCAGGAAAGCCGAGGCAGCCACUGAAUCCCCGGGAGAGAAGGUGGAAAACAACGGUGUUGAGCCCAUCGAGGAUGGUGCAGGGGGUGAGUGUGCUCCCAGUGGCUCUUCCGGUUCCCGUUCAAAACGUCGCGGCGACCCCUCGAAUUCCCCACAUGACGAUGUUGAGUUCACAAUUCCAGAGAAUUGUGUGGCACCCCCGGAGGGAAUCAAAUCCAAUUUGGUUUACUCAAAGGCAUACGUCAUCAAAAAGAACCUUGGGGGAGAUACUGAUGAAUGCCGAUUGGCUGGACGACAUGCGUCAUGGCUCUUGCGAGAGAAAAAUUUGGUUUCACCAUCGCUGUCUGGGCCUCCCAUCUACACGCCCAAGCCCCGAAAAGCUAAGGAUGCUAAGGAACAUGAAAGUGAGGAUCUUGACACCAGUGAGGUUUCUGUCAAGCCUCGCAAGACAUCCAAGAAGAAGAAGCUCUCCAUUGACGGGGACAAGAAGGGCGACACCAUCGAGAUCGACGGGGAGGGUGGCAACUCUGGCGGCAUGGCCGUUGAAUCGUGA